GCUACACAAUGAAUGCUACCCGCACCGACUCUCACUACUUGCUCGCGUCAGUCUCAUCUCUGUCCCCAUGCAGCUGGUGGUGGGCCUGAUCUCCAUUGCCCGUACUCGGAAUGCUGCUUACCCUUCUUAUCGGCACACACACUCCAACGCCGGCUUGGGCUCCGUACGGAGUAUGUACACGAGCACACGAGCCCCCCAGGAACGAGCUCUGUCUUGGGUGAGGCCCGAAGCGUGCAUCCAUGCCUAGCCAGGGCUCCACGUUCCGCCAGUUGACGAACCUGCUCUCUGCUGCAGAGACGAGCUCGAGGUGCAUUCAUUGCCCGUGUAUAUGUAUGAUUCCCGGCCGCCCAUUAUCGAUGCCGAUCUCAUAGCGAAAGGACCGCCUUUGUGACUUGUGCGAAAUCCAUCUAUUCGCCAUGUCGUCGACCGCCUCGUCCACCAGCGCUCAAGCUGCUUCCACCUCAACACCACCCAGACGACAGUCGUGCGAUCGGUGCCACAGCCAAAAGCUUCGGUGCACGCGCGCCAGCAACGGCGGCUCGUCCAACUCUGCAACGGGCGUCUGCAACCGCUGCCUUCGCCUGGGCGCCCAAUGCAUUUAUAGUCCAUGCCUCCCCAAGGGUCGUCCUCCCGCCGUUUUUCGGCCGCCGCCACCAACGCCUGCGCCUACGCCAGCGCUGGCGCCUGCACCCGCAGCCCUUGUCGACAACAACAAUAUCAAUAACAACAAUACCAGCAAUGCGGCGCAUCAUCAUCAACAACAACAACAGCAACACCAGCAACAUGCGCUCCCGGACGAGCUGCUCAGCCUCGACGUCGACCCCACACUGGUGUGGCCAACGUGGGUUCCGCCACUGGAGACGGUGGACUGGAGUGCGUUACAAAUGGAUAUGAACAUGGACGCCUUUUUGGACCCGGUGGAGACAAAUACAUCCACAACGACGAUGACGACGACUUCCUCCUCUUCCUCCUCCUCUUCCUCUUCCGAUGCCGCCUCAAGUUCACAAGCAUCCUUCCUCAGCGGGCCCAGCGCCGUCUCGCAGCUGUCGGAGCUCAUUACACGUCUCUAUGCCCUCCACCGCCAGAGCACCGCCCUCACAGAGGCAUGCACGGCGGGCAGGACGCUGGGCCUUCCGCUCAUCAUCAACGAUGCGACUUUCCCUCCCGUAGCCGCAUGGCUCCAGCACCUGUCUGCAAAUUCGCACACGAGCUGCACGCCUUCGCUCACCACGCCUCCCGGCUCGCUCUCGACCCCAACCGGUGAGACGCUGCACGGCACCUUCUCGGCCGCCCACGCCUUGCUCGCCGUCCUCGACCGCCUCCAAGUGGAAUCUGCAGGCGCUCCAGGAACGGCCACGCCCUCGUCGAUGGAUAGCCUCGACACCACCGACUUCUGCUGGGACCUGAACCUCAUCACUCCUCCCCAGUCUUCCUCCUCGGCAUCGUCGUAUUUCGACCCGCCCAUGCCCACGCCCACGUCGGCAACGGCGGCGCCUCGUCCCUCUCUCAUGCACAGCAGCAGCAGCACCGUGGUCCGGCACCUGGUGGGCGCCUGCCACUCGCUGCUCAUGAACAUCUUCCUAGGCCCUCUGGACGCUUUGCAGCACGACGCCGAUCUGAACAGCCAAGCAUGCCAAGCAGGCCAAGCAAUCGGAAAUCCCGCACUUCCCGCACAACCCGCUACCCCCGGCGCCAUGCCCAUCUCGGAAUCUAGCGGCUUGGCCCAUCUGCGCCUCGUCAUGGUCACCCAUCUGUGCUCGUAUCUCAUCCGCCGACUGCAACACGCCGUCAGCCUCUACUCCUCCCCACUCUUGUCAGGCUCCGAAUGCUUGCCCGACCUUGACGACCAGAUUUGGAAGCGCCUCUCCCAGCUGCGCGCGACCCUCCACAUCUGAACCAAAUGUCUGUUUGAUUUCAUCGCUGCUUUCCUCGCUGUACUGCUAUAACUAUUUUUCUCUUUCAUCAUUUUCACACAUGGACAACCGGUAGACUCUUUCUCAGAAUCGAGAGCACAACGCUUUCUGCCGUUUUUUAUACGGGCCUUGUAUGUCUGAGCCCUACAAGUCCUUUUGCCUUCUUACGAAUCUGCUUUGUUGUUUUGCAAGUCCUCUGAGAUUCCUCCAUGUGCAGGAAGAGGCACCAGCUAGAUCUUGCUUGGCCGGCACCAAUAUAGAGAGAUAUGGAUCCUUUCCCGGAC